AAUUUCUUUAAUGUUUCUUUUUAAAUUUUCUUCAGACUCUAAAGCUGCAAGGGAAUCGACAUAUGCAGAAAGUGCGCGCACAGGAUAAGAGCAUGCACACUCUUUCCCAUUCUCAUUUCUCAAGCAAACGCAGUUCGGACAGAGAGAGAGAGAGAGAGGAAGAAAGAGAAAUAUGGUUUUUUUAUAACAGAGAGAAAGAGAAAGAGCUUUUCUUUCUUGUAAUUUGUUGAGUGUGUGAAGUGAUGAUGAGGGAGUGGGUUCAUCGAAAGGUCGGUUUCUUUUCGAGAUAAAAACAACAGAGACCACCCGUGCUUCGUUUCGCGUGCUUUUUCAUGCUCUAAUGCCCCACUUCUAUUCUUCUUUUCUUCUUUCCAGAUUUUGUUAUUUCACUUUUCUGCUUAAUUCAAUUGGGUUCUUUUUUUUUUUUUUUUUUUUUUUUUCUCGGAAAGUUAGAUUCCCAUCGCAUUUCUGCACUCUCUAUUUCUUCCCUUCUUUUCGAUUUCCUCUUGUUAGCUUUCUGAAAUGCAAAAUGGGACUUGUUUCCUUUUUUCCUUCUGUCAUGUGGAUCUUUGGCCCUUUUUUACUUCAAUCAACAUGAAGCUCUCUUCUUGACUUCUUCCGGGUGGCUAUGGCUUCCGUUGAAGACAAUAUCAAAACAAGUGUUCUACUUACUGGGCCUGCACAAACUACUCUGUUCGAGGAGAUGAAAUUGCUGAAAGAAAUGCAGGAUCCAUCUGGGGAUCGAAAGGCUAUAAAUUCGGAACUAUGGCAUGCGUGUGCAGGGCCCCUUGUUUUCUUGCCUCAAGUGGGGAGUCUUGUCUACUACUUUCCUCAAGGACAUAGCGAACAGGUGGCUGUUUCCACUAAAAGAACAGCUACUUCCCAAAUCCCCAAUUACCCAAAUCUUCAGUCUCAGUUGAUGUGCCAAGUUCACAAUGUUACUCUACAUGCAGACAAAGAUACAGAUGAAAUUUAUGCUCAAAUGAGUCUUCAACCUGUGAACUCGGAAAGGGAUGUUUUCCCUAUACCAGAUUUUGGACUUAGACUCAGCAAGCAUCCGAGUGAGUUUUUCUGUAAAACUCUUACAGCAAGUGAUACAAGCACACAUGGUGGUUUCUCAGUGCCGCGUAGAGCAGCAGAAAAGCUCUUUCCUCCAUUGGAUUAUACAAUGCAGCCCCCAACCCAAGAGCUUGUUGUCCGAGAUUUGCAUGAUAAUACUUGGACUUUUCGUCAUAUAUACCGCGGGCAGCCAAAGCGGCACCUUCUCACAACAGGAUGGAGUAUGUUUGUUGGCUCAAAAAGGCUCAGAGCAGGUGAUUCUGUUCUGUUUAUCAGGGAUGAAAAGUCACAGUUAAUGGUAGGAGUGAGGCGUGCUAAUCGUCAACAGACAACACUACCAUCAUCAGUUCUUUCGGCUGAUAGCAUGCACAUAGGUGUCCUUGCUGCUGCAGCUCAUGCUGCUGCUAAUCGAAGCCCAUUUACAAUUUUCUACAAUCCAAGGGCAUGCCCUUCAGAAUUUGUCAUUCCAAUGGCAAAAUACCGGAAAUCUGUUUUUGGGACUCAACUCUCAGUUGGUAUGAGGUUUGGGAUGAUGUUUGAAACAGAGGAGUCUGGUAAGCGCAGAUAUAUGGGCACAAUAGUUGGCAUUAGUGACUUAGAUCCUCUGAGGUGGCCUGGUUCGAAGUGGCGUAAUCUGCAGGUUGAGUGGGAUGAGCCUGGAUGCAAUGAUAAACAAAGCAGGGUUAGUGCAUGGGAAAUUGAGACUCCUGAAAGUCUCUUCAUAUUUCCGUCGCUAACUUCAGGUCUCAAGCGCUCGUUACAUCCUGGGCUUUUGGCAACUGAAACUGAAUGGGGAAACUUGAUAAAAAGACCUAUUAUCAGGGUUCCUGACAUUAGCAAUGGGGAUUUUCCAUACUCAGUUUCAAACUUAUGUUCUGAAAAACUAAUGAAGAUGAUGCUGAAGCCUCAGCUUGUUAACCAUCCUGGAUCUGGAGCCUUUGCAUCCACCCUACAAGUCCCUGUUGCUACCGGAACUUCAUUAGAAGGGGCGACAAACAUGCAGGCUGCAAUCAAUCAGAAAUCUCAAAUUUUCCAGACAGAAAAUAGAUUAAUAGAAAAGCAGAACUAUCCCCAGUUCUGCCCAAGCCAACCGACUGCUGUUAGUUCAAAUUCAUCAAAAGUAACUGUUCCUGUUGAUGCACAUCCUGAAGUCAAAGCGGAAAGUUCAACACCAACUGGAAGUAAUUCUGAAAAAUUGAAGCUAGAACCUGAGCAUUCAACUGAUCAGUUAAGCCAAUUAACUUCCACGACUGAGUGCAACAAGGAAAAGUUUGUCUCAACUUCUAUGAAUUCAGAGAGUCAGAUGAACCAACCAACAUUAAAUAACCAGAUACAUUUGCAAUCUAAUCCAUGGACCAUGCAGCCUCAGUUGGAAUGCUCCCAACAAAUGUACCCAGCUCAAUCUGAUUCUACCAUAACUGGGUUACCUUCAUUCCCAGAAUCUGAUGAAUGGACAUCGCAUCUUUCUUCUUGCCAGUCUCUUGCCACAACAUAUACAUCACCUGGGCCUGUAACCAUGUUUGGCACACAAGACUCUUCAGCAAUGUUAUCCGAAGUAUUCAACCCUUCAAUGGAUCAAGAUAUUUGGGAUCAUCAGCUGAAUAAUCUAAAGAUCUUCUCACAGCCUGACCAGUUUACUUCCUUCAUGCAGCCUGAUCCAUGCAGCCUUAAUUCAACUGGACUUAGAGAUCUUUCAGAUGAAAGCAAUAAUCAGAGCGGAAUUUAUAGCUGUCUUAACAUUGAGGCUGGUGGUGGUGGAAGUACUGUGAUUAAUCCUUCUGUUUCAAAUGCCAUCCUGGAUGAGUUUUGUUCAUUAAAGGAAGCCGAUUUCCAGAAUCCAACCGAUUGUUUAAUAGGGAACUUUAGUACUAGUCAAGAUGUUCAAUCUCAGAUUACAUCUGCAAGUCUUGCAGAAUCCCAAGCAUUGUCUCGGCAGGACUUCCCGGACAACUCAGGGGGUACAUCUUCAAGCAAUAUUGACUUUGAUGAGAGCAGUCUAUUGCAGAAUAGUUCAUGGCAGCAAGUAGCACCACGUGUGCGAACAUAUACAAAGGUUCAAAAAGCUGGAUCUGUUGGGAGGUCAAUUGAUGUCACAAGUUUUAAGAACUAUGAUGAACUGUGUUCUGCAAUUGAAUGCAUGUUUGGACUUGAAGGGCUGCUUAACGAUCGGAGAGGUUCAGGAUGGAAGUUGGUAUAUGUGGACUACGAGAAUGAUGUUCUACUUGUUGGGGAUGAUCCCUGGGAGGAAUUUGUUGGAUGUGUUCGUUGCAUCAGAAUCCUGUCACCAACUGAAGUUCAGCAGAUGAGUGAAGAGGGAAUGAAGCUUUUGAACAGCGCUGCAAUGCAAGGCAUGAAAGUUGCUAUAUCAGAAGGUGGCUGUGCUUGACAUGUGCCAAUUUGAACUUGAUGAGUUUACCAGAUUGCCAAAGGAUGGAUUUUAUUUGAUGAAGAAAACGUGUGAUGGCUAUCUGGAAAUGUUGUUAGAGACAGUAUUGGUACAACCAAGAGAUCCCACAAGUGAUUCAGGUAGCUGACGAAGGUGGUGUAGGUGUAUUUCAUUAGCAUAUCUGAAUCUAGAGGAUGCAUUCAUAUAAGAUAUUAGAAGCAUAAGGUGGUGAUGAAAGAUUCUCAUACUAUUUUUGUGGGUUUCACUGCAUCCUCUUAAAUUGGCAGGAGUUGACUAAUAGUAACUUUGUAAGUUUAAGUUGAAUUUCUCAGGCAUUAAACAUUCCUUAAAAGUGUGUGGCGCCAAUUAUGUUAAAUUCUCUGGCCAGUAUGAGUUUCAGAUUAAGGGCAUCCAUUAUAUAUCUUUUAUUUUCCA